UAGAACUUGGACGAUUACGCCAGAACGUUGGCGACAUCGCACUUCUUCGCAAUCUUUUCGCAAUGAAUUUGUAGACGCUUUAUACAUUUAAAAAAUAUUCCAAUUCUGGUUUGAAUAAAUCGAUAUUCCAUAUCUGCGCUUAUAUUUAAACAAUUAUUCCAAUCAUAUAGAAUUUACACUUCACCUAUUUGAGAAAUAUUCUGAUUCCAAUAUAAAUAAAUAAAUAUCCUAUAUCUAUGUUCGUAUCUUGAUAAAUAUUCAAAUAAUCUGUAAUUUUCGGAUAUUACAUCCAUUCGAAAAGAUAUUCUUAUUCCAAUUUAAAAAAUACAUUACAGUCUUUUAGAUCUCUUACAGAAGAAAAACCAAAAAAUGGCGAAGUGGAGCGUAAAAUUAUCGAACACCUGUUCGUUAAAUUUCUUCGAAGCGUUAUUGCGCCAUGUAAUUGUAAAAGAAACCCGGACCAAGAUCGAGCAUCGCCAUACGAUCGGCUCGAAACCUACAUUUGUGAAAUCAUCCAAAGGCUCGAUGUCUCAAGUGUGUACCAAGAGUCUAGGUCUAGGACGCAACUUGAGGCCCGUUGGCCGUGUGGAUGCCAGAGAGAGAAAAAGAGAGAAAGAAAGACAGAGUGAGAGAGAGAGAGAGAGAGAGACAUUUUGCAACACGAGGAUCGUCCAAAAUCGGUUAUUUCUGAGGGCAGAGGGUCGAGGGAUUGUGGAUGGACGGGCAACGAGGACGUGGUAGGUGUAACGUCCACCGGAGAAAGAGAGAAACAAACACAAUCGAAAGGACAGAGGAGAGGCAUGGAGGGAGAGGGGAGGAGAGAAUCGUCUCACAGCUGAAUUACUCUCACUUGAGAGGCCCCCGUCUCUUCUUCUUUGUGGGGGCUUCAAGUAUCCCCCUGCUUCUCGUGGGGUAUAAAGGACCCUGGUCUACCUUGCUCAGAGUCACAGAACAGAGCGGCAUCGCAGAAGCCGACAUGAAUCCUCUGAUCGCGUGUAUGAUAGUCGGUCUAGCAGGGUUCGCCCUGGCUGAACCACCGAUCUCGUCCGGCUACAGCUACAGCAGGCCAUCCGGAGGGGGUGGUUACUCCAUAGGUGGUGGCGGUGGUGGAUACACCGCUGUAUCAACCGGCUACCAAACCAGCGAGGGAGCAUCCGUCGAUGGCGCGUUGCUCGAACAAAUCCGUCAGAUUUUGCUGAGGGAAGAACAGAGCAGUGGAUUCAUAGGUGGUGGUGGUGGUUACGCCCCUAGCUCGAGCUAUGGCGCUCCAUCCAGUCAAUACGGUGUACCAAGCUCAUCCUACGGUGUACCAAGUUACCAGACACGCGUUGUAGGCAUCGAUCUCGAAGGAAUCAGGCAGGCCAUCCAAGUGGCACAGUUCAACCAAGUGACCCAUGGGUCUGGUGGCUAUCCAAGCGGACCAAGCGGAAGCUACGGAGUACCAAGCAGGCCAAGCGGUAGCUACGGUGCACCGUACUAAAACGGUCAUACAUCAGAUUAAACUACAGAUUGGAUGAUGGGAGAGCAAGAGAGGGAGAGAAAGAGUGAGAGCGAGUGAAGACACCAGUCGACCACCGCGACUAUCUUCCGAGCUGAAACUCCUAACGAACGAGAGAAACGAAGGUUAAGGUUGAAUCGAGAAAAACCAAAAAUAGAUUAAUCGAUAGUAAAACACAGGACAAUCCAGGUUUCUAUAACCGGACAGAGGAAUUUCUUUCAAGCGAAACCUAUCCUCUUCUAAAGUCCGCUCGGAAGGUCGUCGUAAAAUGGACGGAUCGUUGAAAAGAAUAUUAUAAUAGAAAAUAGAAAGAUGGUGCUAUUUUCAAAGCACGAGGGUCGUCGUCGUUCGGCGAAUCAGGAUUCUCAGGGGUAAAGGACGAGGAUGAAAUCAAAGGUGUACGUAUAAGCUAACAUCGAGCAGGGAUUCCAGAGGCUCCUGUUUCGUUGAAAUCAAAUCGUCGUCGUUUCAACGGGCCACGAUCCUCCGAGGAAUCGCGGGCGUACGUACUAAAAGAUAACAGAAACUCCUGGCUACUGGCUCGUUGGAGAAUAAAAGGUCGUCGCUUCAACGGGUCAGGGUUCGAGGAGUGAACUUGAACGUUCGAACGAACCGGCCACAUAGAUCUAACGAUCUGAGCGUCGACGAGGUGUCAAUCUUCUUAUCGUACCAAAAUCGUCGUCGUCGCGGUCGGAUCCACGAGGGAUCCAAAAUCGUAACCAGUGAUAGAAACAUACGAGUCGAAAACACGAAAAGAAACAAAUCGUUAUCGAGAACGAUCUCAUAGGAGAUUCAACGUAAGUUACAUUCGUUAUGACUUCGAGAUGGCAUAGCCGUGGAGCCGGAGCCGAAGUCGAAGCCGUGAUCGGCGCGAGAACGCGCCUUGUAAAUACAAUUUACACACGCUUUCCACAGCGUUCGCUGCGUCAUCCGACAGUACGAGGAGGAACUGAACGCGUACAUCAUCGAACCUGGUCUAACAGUUACUUCAAGGAAGAUCGAACAACUUAUCUAAAAAGAAAAAAGAAAAAAGUAAUGAAAAACGAGGAAUAAAAGAUAAAAAUGAGUUCGAGGAACGGAGCGAACGCUGACACGAAAUACAUACGUACAUACAAGAAACACAACACAAAUACAUUAUAUUUUUUAUAUGUCUUAAACGCUAUUCCUUAACUACGCAUCUUUUUUUAUACUUGUAUAAAGGCUUUUUUGUAGAAAAAAAUAAAAAAAAACG